CUAUCAGUUUAGCUCAAGGACGUAUCCAGUCUUCCAGUCUCAUUUGUUUUCAGAGGAAACGCUCCCAUGGGUCGCACUCUUGGAGCCUUCUUUGGAAAUCUGCUGAACAUGGGUGAAGCCCCGCGGACCUUGUCUGAGGACGACUUCGUGAAGUGGUACAGCACUCUAAAACCACCGCAACCUACGAUCGUAGGAGAAGCUUUGCCAGCAGGUGUUCCUACCAUGGCGAGCCGUUACGGUGUGUUUGGCAGCAAGGCAUUGAUGACAGGAGUCCCUGGUGAUGAAAACAACACGCCAAAUGCCUGUGUUGAUGCUGAAGCACGGCCAGCUGCACCAUGCGAAGCGACAGGUGAGUGCGAAGAGCUAUCUGAGCUUGCGACAAAGUUUGAGCAAGGCUCGAAUAUAGCGAGAGCACUCGCUCUGAAUGCAGUCAAUGCCAUGCAAGUUGCACAGGUUCUUCUGAGAAGAGUCGAAAAGGCAGCAGCCAAUCUGGUGCACAUGCCUGAACUGAGUUUCCAAAGUGCGGGUGAGCCAAAUGGCCCCUUUGCAGAACCUUGGUCUGUGCAAGAUCAGCUCGUCCUCACGAUUCGUGGCCCUAUAAUGCAUGAAAAUCCAACGCUGGAAGGUGACAUCGAUGAGAACUUUCUCACGAGAAAGAUGGCACAGUGGGACUACGAACACAGAACAGGGGAGUAUUUGCAGCGAGUAGACGGAAAUAGACCGUUGCAAUUGAUUGAAACUUUAGGGCGAAUGCCAAUCAUUGAACCAAUGCCCAAACCAACGCCAAUCAAAGAUUCGAUUAUUCCGAUGGCGCCGAGUCCCUUGGUGACCAUGGAAAUGCCGGAAUCUGCAUUUGCUUUCUGCAGUGUUUGUUUGCAGAGCGUGCGGGAGAAGGAUAGACGGCGAUAUCGAAACUUUCUGCUGUAGAGCAUUGUGCCACAAAAAGGGGCGCUGUGGAUGAGCAAAA